UGUGAGAAGCGCUGGUUUCAGCUCGACGUCACUCAGCCUGCUCAUGUAAAAAGAGGGCUGGGAAGUUACAUUACUACAAGAACACUUUUUUUUCACGCUCACAGCUGCUUUGGUUGCGAGUGUAGCCGCUUUUUAGCUUUCAUAUUGUAGUUAGACGAUGUCUUUCAUCCCAGGUCAACCUGUGACCGCAGUAGUGCAACGGAUUGAGAUCCAGAAGUUGCGGCAGGGAGGUAACCUAAUCCUGGGCUUCAGCAUCGGAGGAGGUAUAGACCAGGACCCUGGUCAGAACCCCUUCUCUGAGGAUAAGUCAGAUAAGGGCAUCUAUGUGACCAGGAUAAGCCCAGGGGGACCUGCCGAAGUUGCAGGUUUGAGGAUGGGAGACAAAAUAAUGCAGGUGAACGGCUGGGAUAUGACCAUGGUGACUCACGAUCAGGCUCGUAAGAAACUAACCAGGGAGAAGGAGGAUGUUGUUCGACUGCUGAUAACCAGGAAGUCGCUGGAAGAGGUUGUCAGUCAAUCAAAGGGCAGAAACCCCAGACCAUGAUCAGCUGCGUCCAGUCACUAACACAUCAUCCUACAACUGAACACUGUCAUGCACACGACACGAAAGAUGUCCACUAAUUCACUCCAUGGUUGCACUGUGGCCUUUUAUACUGACUUUAACACAGGAAGAGCUAAAUGACCGACAGGAAGAUGUCACCUCCGAUUGUGUAGGUGACGCUUAUCUGAAGUCUGGAAAAAAAAAAUCUGAGGUCUGAAUGUGUCAACACUACUUCUAAAGUCAUCAGCAUAUCCAAGUGUAACUCUGUGUAAAGGAUGAAACACCUGAAAUUUGAGGAAAUAAAAAUAAAAGGGGGUCAAGCUUGACCUUCAGAUUUCAGAAUGGGGAAUAUAGUUAAAAAAAAAAAUCUAAAUAUUAAAAUGACCAUUAUACUGUUUUAUUUUUUAGUUUGUUUUCUGAACAUUGGCACAAUGAAAAGAGUUUUUAAAUGACAGUUUAUAGAAUACAACUUUUUGUUAGUGUGUAGACAACGACAACAAUCAAUAACAAUUAAUUCUCAUUUAGCAAAUAUUUGCCAUACCAAACCUUUCUUACAGAAUUUAUGGGAACAUUUUUUUAGUCUUUCAAUCAUUUUAUUUGACCAAGUAGAACUAAAUAGAUUUAAUACAUCUAGAAAUAUUAUUUUUGCACAUUAUGUAUUUAAUGAGUUCCUUCGCUCAUGCUUAAAAUAACCCAUAAUGCCAAAGUUCAAACCAAGACACUGUUAAAGAAUAAAUAAGUACUUUAAAUGCAGCUAAGAUUGUUUUACAUAAAGGUACAGUAUAUUCUGUAAAGUCU